GAUAAAAUAGAUGAUAAUCACACUUUACCAAAGCAAACUGAUAUAUAAAAGGGUCUACUUGACACCCCUAAGAAGACAAGUCAGUUGUCUUGCUGGCAUCAUGCACGGUCUGCAGAAACUUCUGCUUUUUCAUGUUCUGACAUGUCUUGGACAAAAUGCACUUGGGAGUGAAAUCAUAGAUGGGGAAAAAGCCCCGGAGAACUCGCUGCUGUAUAUGGCCUCGCUGCAGGACAACAUGGGUCAUUUAUGUGGAGGAUUCCUCAUCAGUAAACAGUUUGUAGUCACUGCUGCACACUGCAAUGAUGACUUGGACAGAAAACCUACACGUGUUGUUCUUGGCACCCAUGAUCUCAAGAAGGCUGAUAAAACAGUGAGACUCAUUGAAAAGAAGUGCAAAUACCCAUCUUAUGAGAAUGUCGGAACAGGGAAUGACAUCAUGCUCCUCAAACUGUCUAAAGAAGUUCAACUGGACAGAAGAAUUCAGCUUAUUCAACUUCCCAGUUUUGAAAUGAACAUAAAAGACAACGAAAAGUGCAGUGUGGCUGGAUGGGGUUUGACUAGAAAUGGUUGUACAAAUGAGCUGAGAGUGGUGGAUGUGUCUGUCAUUAACCCGCAAGUCUGUGAAGAGCAAUGGCCUGGUCUUCCUGGCAAUGUUAUCUGUGCAGGAGGAUAUAAAACAACCAAAGGAUUCUGUCAGGGUGAUUCUGGCGGUCCUCUGGUGUGCAACGGGACGGCAGUUGGUGUCGUGUCUUUCAACAAGAAGAAAAACUGUGACUACCCAAAUGUUCCCAACGUCUAUACAGACAUAUCAAAAUACCUGCCCUGGAUCAACAAGAUUCUCAAGGAAAAGAAUUGUUAAAUGUAACAAUUCAGCAUACUUUUCUUGUUUUAUAUUGUACUGGCUCCUCAGCUCUGUAACAGCCUUCCACUCUCCAUCAGGUCGGCCGACACUGUCGCUGCCUUUAAACCUCGUCUUAAAACUCACUUUUACAGGAUGUCCCUUUGACAUACUUUCUUUCUCAUUUCUUUGGAAAUUGCUUUGUGGUUUUUACUUGAAAAGAGCUCUAUAAGUAAAACUAUUAUGAUUAUUAUUA